ACGAGCAAGACGAUGUGCAGUUUUAUUCCACCGAGGAAAACAGCUUCCCAGAGGAUUUGGUCGACGUGCGUAAUCUUUGGAAUAGCGUCAAUUCGUUGUGCGGCUGUUGCGAGUUGUGCAGCUACCGGAGAAAAUUGCAGUACUCAAUUCCAGCAAACCAACAGCUCAAAGCCAGGUCCCAGUAACUCAGAAGUGUGCAAAAUAACCGGCUGCACUACUCCGAACAUACGCGUUGCAGAAUCUGAGCCGUCAAAUUUAUCAUUGCCAUCACGUUUACUGGAUUUGAAAAUAGAGGUCGCAGAGGUCGCCGUUGGUUUGCUGGAAUGCAAGAACUUUGAGCUGAUAAACUCAAUAGAGCAAAUUACUGGAACCGCUGAAGCUGAAUGAAUUCUAGCUGUCCUUCCG